CUUCACUGUCAAUACUGCUGUUUACCUUGUUAGGUGCCAACACGUACAAAGAGAAGAUGAAACGUCGUCUUUGUUGCUUAGAGCUUAUGCGGUUGGGCUUUGUUGUUUCGUUGACGGGGGCGUUUAUGCUACCCGAAUUGCCGCUGAACUCUAUGAGAGCGUGCUCGAUUUGCCCCCUCUCGCCAUUUGCGAACCCGACGGCGGUGUCAGCACGGAACAGCAACCCAGCUCACUCUUCAACCUCAUUGAAUCUCCUACUUGACGUUCCAGAUGGUUUUUUUACUAUCACCUUUCCUACGCUGGGUAUAUUACUGAGCCUUUCAAAAAACUUCGCCCGUAUUCGUAUGGAAGAAAACGCAUGGGAGCAACGUCUCGCUGAAGCCCGAAAAGAACGCUUGCGUAAAGAUCCAACUCUAACCGAAAUCGAUCUACGACGUAAAGAAGCCGCCAUAGAAUGGAGUGCUUAUGGAAAGCCUCGUAUGGAAGAAGAACAACUGGAACGAGACUUGAAGGAAAUACAAAGAAGUCGAACACGCGUCAUGGAUCGUUCCGAAGACGAAGAAGAUGUGGUGGGAACGGAAAGAGAAUAUUGCAUGACAGAUGAGGAAAUCGAAUCGUUUGAGCUAGAAUAUGGUGUCGAGUAUGAUUCUUACUACGAUGACCCGUAUAGCGAAGAAGAGCUUCCAGAAGGAAAGUUUUCAUUGGAUCGAAUGUACGGUGAUCGUGUUUACGACAACGGCGAAAUAUUCUACAAAGACAAGGAGAGUGGACUCUACUAUCGACAAGGCGCCAAACCUCGCAAUCUAAGCUUUUGGAAGUAGAGCACACGAUACAGCUGAACGAUGUAGACCGAUUUGCUAGCGUUUGACUGCAUGUGUUUAACCACUUCUGAAUUGACAGUAAGUCACAAUUGGGCUUACAAUAGAACGGAUCAAUUCUGGUGGAUUUGAAGAAUUCUGUGUACACAUGAGGCAUGGCCUCCAGCAGCAGCGGCUUAAAAUUAAGCAUCAGAGUCAAGAUCAACGCCAUCUACAAAUACCAGGCAUCGUUACGUGAAGAAAAGGCCUUUGCGGGAGGAAUGACUGAUGUCUAAGGGCAAAGAACUUACAAUAAAAAAUCUCACUGUAACGCAGUCUUCAGAGCAAGUGAUUGUUAUUGCCUGAAGGAUUUUAGGGGGCAAUCACCAAAUCGCCUUUUCUGAAAUGCUCUCUCUGGUGUCGUCGAUGAACGACUCAGUCUAAGCGGGACUACACUGUGCUAUAUUCCAAUGGAAAUGACCGCAACUUUCGUUAUGCUGACUGAGAUCCUAUUAGUAGUGAAUAAUUUAAGCACAUAUGUAUGU